GCAGCUUUACCAUUUCUGGCCAUUCCCAAGCACUGAAACAAGAGUUCACUAGCACUAAAACUUCCUGGUCUGCUUGCUGGCUCCUUGUUCUCAGCUCCUAGUCAUCUCUGCCAGAUAUCUUAUUAUCUCUCGAAGUCCUGUCGUUCAGUUCCCGCAAAAUGAGGAGCUUAGUUGCUACUCUUUUGAUAGUCUCCGCACUUUGCGCCGUAGCUUCCGCUUACGAUUGUAUCACGCCGUGUCAACAGCCCGCCAACACGUCGUACGUCGUUCCGACCUGCACCCAAGCAUGCACCAACUGCGUGGCGCUAACCUACAGCGGCUGCAGUACUUACUUCCAACCCAUCUGGGCUGCUCUGACCAACACUGCUACCUCUCAAGUGUACCAGGGAGCUACGUGCGGACAGUCGUGCAGCGGGAGUCUCGAGUGGUGGGCAUGGCUGCUCAUCAGCUUCGCCAUCCUCUUCGUCUGCAUUGGCAUUGGCCUCUGCCUCUACUCGUGUCUGGAUAAGAGGGGUUGAGUGUGGGGUGGAAGAUGCACAGGGGAAAGCAGAGCCGCAUGGUCGUUGAAACGUGUCCAAAGGUGGUCGUAGAUGAAACGGGUCUGAUGUUGCCGAUUGCUGACACUCUGCUUCACCGGAGCUAGUGUAGAACUAAUGUGCCUUGAUGGAACUGCGAAUAUACUGCAACGUGGGAUUGAAACCCUAACUAUGUGCCCAAAAUUUCUCUUCUGACC